AUGUAUUCACUAUUUGUUGGAUUAUGGAAGUACCUUUUUAGUAAAAAUGAAUAUUUUAUUUUAAUUUUAGGUUUAGAUAAUAGUGGAAAAACUACGCUACUAGAACAAAUUAAAACAAAAUAUACAAAAAUACCAGGACUACCUCCACAUAAAAUUGUACCUACAGUUGGUUUAAAUAUUGCAAGAACUCAAUUUCAAGAUAUUAAAUUAAUAUAUUGGGAUUUAGGAGGACAAACACAAUUGAGAACAAUAUGGAAUAAAUUUUUUAGUGAUGUACAUGCAAUUAUUUAUGUUGUAGAUUCGAGUGAUAAAGAGAGAUUCAAUGAAUCAAAGGAUGAAUUAGAGAUAGUAAUUAAUGAUAGUAAACUCAAGGAUGUACCAUUACUAUUAUUCUUUAAUAAACAAGAUUUACCAGAUUCAGAAACAAUUGAAUACCUUUCAUCAGUAUUUAAAAGUGUCAUUCAAAGUUGUCAAUUAUCGAAUUCAACCGAUCAAUUAUCAUCAUUAUCAUCAUCAUCACCUAUCACCACCAGAAAUGUUCAAUUACAACCUUUAAUCGCUUGUAAAGGUGAAGGAUUAGAACAAGGAAUUAAUUGGUUAUCUGAUUGUUUACGUAAAAAUGCAAGAACAAUUGAAAAAUCAGAUUUUUAA